CAAGGACUCCGGGCUCACCAUCAGCGUCACCCUUCCAAAAGAACGGCGCUUACCUACGCAAUUACUUUUGCCAUCCACAGAGCGGUCCUUGGGCAUCCAUCUACUACCAAGUACAGUGCAUUCUCAGAUGCGGCCCAUGACCCCUCGCCGGCGCGGUCAUGGCCGCGGAGACGGUAGACGGCUACCACCUCGCUCCCCGGCUUGUCUCGAUGCAGCAUUCCGCGGCGGUCUCUCCCCCGUCGACUCCACAGUCUCCCGCGUCUGCCCACAUGUUCGGUCCCUGACGAUCGUGGCGCGGGGCCAGCACUUGACUCCUUGGGGCCGUGGUGGAAUUGGACGGAUCAGGACCAGACAAGCUCCGACACGUUGUUGCAGCGCCAGCCACGGCGUUCCAUCGCGUUUCCUCGGCACCUCUUCAUCCCAAUCUCACCCACACAAACGACGGCCGACCCAACCCGGCUUGCUGUCCCAACUAAGUAGGCAGUUCGUAAAGCCUGGGUUUGCACACAAUCGCGGGUGUGGCUCGUUGGGCUUACUUCUCGGGACCGCCGAUGUUCGCCGACGCCUCUCCUCUUCAGCCGCGAAAGCUCGCAGCGCGAACGCGAUGCUUCAUUUGCCGCCUCGCAAGGUUCUCGUUUACAUUUGUUUUGUCAAGCGGUCAUGCUUAUGCGGGCGCGACAAGCCUAACGAUGUUACCGCGACGGACCUAUCCUAGCUGUCGACCCAGCUGCCGACGUGGACAUCAUAACCCGCCCAUAACACCCGUUGCUCGAUGCUCUACUAAUACUAGCCUAUGCGCUUUGCCAGUGCCGGACGCCGGACGCCACAGGGGUAGACUAAGCUGUGGAGCCGUGUCGUCGAAUGAACCCGCCAGAGGAAGCUGGCCCUCCUGGUUUGCUUGUUCUUGCGUGCCCGUCACGAACUACCGCUGCAUGUUGCUGCGGUCGAUAUGGAGCCGGGAAGCAGGGCACAACCUACCUUACCCAUCGCAGCCCUGCUUGUGGUUGCCGACGCGCUCACCAUUGGACGACUUGCUUCGGGCUAUGCGAAAGUGGCCCGCGAAGAGCCCGCCGGGCUGAUGCAACUCUAUAUAUAUGGUGUCAUAGUCUUCUCCCAAGCCGCAUACCCCUGUGAAUCUGGGCCGGACAAGGCGGAGGACGGGCCGAUCGAGCUGUGCCUAUGCGGCACGAUGCCCCGAAUAGGAAGUUAGCUGCGUAGUAACUUCUUUCGCAGGUCGACCGCGAGAGGGACCCGGGACAGAAAUGAGAUGUGUAGCUCCCGCUAUAUAAGAGGGAAAGUCGCGUCGUCGGCUGCUCGCUCAUCAUCCCUUCAUCGCCACUUUCUGUGAGCUCGAGGUCGCGUCUCAUCGACAGUCGGCAUCAUGUUCAAUAUCGCCGCGGCGGCCGUCUUCGUUCUGGGCGUCGCUUCUGCGAGCCCAACCCCUGGCCAUACCAAUGUCGCCGAGGAGCGUGUUUCGAAGCGGGCAACCGACUUCUGGUACCCCAACAUGGACCACACCGGCCAGUACCGUGGCUAUGCCCCGGACCUGGACGGAGACUACACCUACCAGGUGUACAAAUCUGUCAACUCUGGUGACGGCGACGCCAUCCAGGCCGCCAUCAACGACGACAAUGGUGGGAAGCGCCACGGCCAGUGGCUCGCGUCUCAGCCUCGAGUCGUGUUCAUCCCUGGUGGCACGUAUGAGAUCAAAAAGACCAUCUACAUGAACACUGACACCAUCCUGAUGGGUGACCCAACCAACCCGCCAGUCCUCAAGGCUGCUGCUGGCUUCUCCGGCGACCAGACUCUCAUCUCUGGCCAGGAUCCUGCCACGCACGAUGCGGGCGAGCUCUCGUUUGCCGUGGGUCUCAAGAACCUGGUCUUGGACACGACCAACAUUCCUGGUGGAAAUGCCUUCACCGCGCUCUGGUGGGGCGUCGCCCAGGCUGCGCAGCUGCAAAACAUCAAGAUCACCAUGGCGUCCUCUCAGAAUGGCCAGGGUCACAGCGGCAUUCGGCUGGGCCGCGGCUCGACGCUCGGUCUUUCUGAUGUGCGCGUCGAACGCGGCCAGAACGGCAUCUGGCACGACGGCCACCAGCAGGCGGCGUACAAGAACAUCUACUUCUACCAGAACACCAUUGGCAUGCUCAUCAGCGGCGGAAAUACAAUCACCAUCACCGCUUCCACCUUUGACACGUGCGGUACCGGCAUUCGCAACACCGGAGGCGCCCCUUGGAUUGCUCUGAUCGACUCCAAGUCGGUCAACUCGGGCGUCACGUUUGUCACGACGGGCUACCCGUCCUUCUUGAUCGAGAACUUGGACAAGGACACCAACUCGGACAUUGCCCAGGUGCCCAACCAGACGGUGCUCGGAGCCAAGAGCCACGUCGACACGUUCACGUACGCCAACACGGUCGGCCGCAACCCCAUUUAUGGCGCGACCAGCUCCAGCAACCAGCGCCCGGGCGCUCUGGCUCCCGGUGGCAGGUUCCCCGCGAUCCCGGCGCCCAACUACAGCGAUAAGAAGGCGUCGGACUUUAUCAACGUCAAGGACCCGUCUCAGAACGGUGGGCAGACGAUCCUCGGCGACCACACCAAGGACGAGUCGGCCGCGCUCAACAAGGUGCUGCAGUAUGCCGCGCAGCAGAACAAGAUUGCCUACUUUCCCUUUGGCAAGUACCGGGUCGACUCGACCUUGUUCGUCCCUCCUGGCUCCCGCAUCGUCGGUGAGGGCUGGGCCACCAUUACCGGCAGCGGUGACUUCUUCGAGGAUGAGUCCAGCCCCAAGCCGGUCGUGUCCAUCGGCCGUGACGGCGACGUUGGCGUGGCGCAGAUCCAAGACAUGCGGUUCACCGUCUCCGACGUGCUGCCCGGCGCCAUCAUCGUGCAAUUCAACAUGGCGGGCAACACUCCCGGAGACGUGGCGCUGUGGAACUCGCUCGUCACGGUGGGAGGCACGCGCGGCGCGUCUGGCCUGACGGACAACUGCGGAGACGCCAGCAACGAGUGCAAGGGCGCCUUCAUCGGCAUGCACUUCAGCAAGUCGUCGUCGGCGUACGUGGAGAACGUGUGGAACUGGGUGGCGGACCACAUCACCGAGGCCUUCGGCGGCGGCUCCAGCAUCGCGGCCAAGGGCGGCGCCCUCGUCGAGUCGACCAAGGCGACGUGGCUGCACGCGCUGGGCAGCGAGCACUGGUGGCUGUACCAGCUCAACCUGCACAACGCCGACAACGUCUUCGUGUCGAUGCUGCAGGCCGAGACCAACUACGAGCAGGGAGACAACACGCAACAGAUCCCGCCGGCGCCGUGGAAGGCCGACAAGGACGGCUGGGGCGACCCGGACUUUUCGUGGUGCGGCGGCGGCGACAAGCGGUGCCGCAUGGGCCCUGCCAACUACAUCAACGGCGGCUCUAAUGUCUACACGUACGGGUCGGCGUCUUGGGCCUUUUUCAGCGGCCCGGGCUACCAGGGCUGCGGCCAGUUUCAGUGCCAGCAGACGAUGCACUGGAUCGCACAGACACCCAGCAACCUGCAGGCGUUUGGGCUGUGCUCCAAGGACGCCGAGACUGUCCUUAGGUUGGCGGACGGCACGAGGAUCAAGGCUCAGCAAGGCUUCGGGGGAUCGUGGCCCGGCGGCGGCGGUGACGUGGGCCGCUACACUCCAUAGAGAGGUCUCAAUCUGUAGGAUUUGCGUCCAACGUUUAUGAUGUAUAUACAUGAUCUCUGCUGUGCUUCCCAUAUGGUGACGAGAACGUCUUAUCAUGACCCUGUAGCGACAGAGAGAGAAACGUAUGGCGCUGGCACGGCACAUCACGCGCCGUCUGUCUCGUCAGUUAGCAC